UCGUUCAAUUAUUUCCGUAAUUUAUCGGAAACAAAUUUACAGAAUGUGGAGUGCCGUCUGCCUUCUGAUCGUCCUAGCCAUCGGUUACCGACAAACAGCUACAUUACCUAAAUGCAUGGUACCCUGCAGCAGAAGGGACCCCAAUCUAAAUGAAUGCGCACGAAAGCAUGGCCAAGAAGCAAUUCCAUUUGUACUCAAAGGAAACCCAGGGUUGACACCUUUACAUCUUCAGGAAAUAAAAUAUUCCGAUGACACGUUAUUUAUACAACUUCGUAAUAUCGUGGCAUUUGGUUUGGAGAACGUUCAAAUUAAGGAAAUGAACUUAAAUUUAACAAAGCAACAUAUUUUAAUAGCAUUAUUCAUUAUGAAAGUCACCCUUAUUGCGGAUUACAGUCUUUUAGGGCAUUUAGAGAUGGUUCCCGUUCGGGGUAGUGGAGGAACUAACAUCACGUUUGUUGGAGGCGAAUACACACUUGAGUUUGAUUACAAACUAACAAAUAGAGCAGGCGAGAACUACAUGGAAAUUAUAAACGACAGGUACAAUUUCAAAACGAAAAAAGCAUUUUUCCGAUUUGACAAAAGAAGUAUCCAAAAAGGUAAAUCAGAUUUUGAAUGAAAACUGGAUAAAAUUCGCAAGUGACGUUGGUCCCGUGUUGUCGAGGACAAUAGGAAGCGUAGCGAGAUCUGUUUUUUGUACGGCAGCAAACCGGGUUCCUUACCGAAAUUUCUUUCUUCCUUAAUCUAAAAAGACGUAACAACUUUUUCUACAUUUAAUGAAAUUAAGAUUGUAUAAUGAUGGCAAUAAGUAUUCAAAGCUUCAAAAUUC